UUACUUCUUUUUCUGCAUGGAUUUCCAGGUGGAGAUUGAAAAAUUGGACUACCACCACUAUUUGCCACUGUUUUUCGAUGGAUUAUGUGAAAUGCAAUUUCCUUAUGAGUUUUUUGCUCGGCAAGGCAUCCAUGACAUGUUGGAGCAUGGUGGGAACAAGAUCCUUCCUGUCAUUCCUCAACUCAUUAUUCCAAUAAAAAAUGCGCUGAACCUUCGAAACCGACAGGUCAUCUGCAUCACGCUCAAAGUCCUUCAGCACCUGGUGGUGUCAGCUGAUAUGGUGGGGGAAGCUUUAGUGCCCUAUUAUCGGCAGAUUCUCCCUAUUUUAAACAUCUUUAAGAAUAAGAAUGUGAAUUCUGGCGAUGGCAUUGACUACAGCCAGCAGAAGCGAGAAAAUAUUGGAGACUUGAUUCAAGAAACACUGGAAGCUUUUGAGCGCUAUGGUGGUGAAGAUGCCUACAUAAACAUAAAAUACAUGGUCCCAACUUAUCAGUCAUGCCUGUUAAAUUAACAAGAAUGAUGCCAUGAGCAUUUUUCAACUCUGUCUGAUGUUUUGGUACUCAUUCCAUCCCCCACCCCAUCCCCAAUUUAUUAAAAAAAAAAGCAGCUUCUGGGACCUUAGACUCUUUAGCUCUUCAGUACAAAUGUGAGCCUGUCUUUCCGAUGCAUAAAUAGUGCCUGUUUCUUGGAUUACAAUGGUGUGCUGUGCUUAUUUGUUUGGUGAAAGAAUUGCUUCUUUAUCACAAAAGCAGAGCAGAGCGGGUGUCAGAGUCAAACCUUCAUUUGUACGGACAAUAAAACUAUAAUUUUCAUACGCAA